UUCAUGCCCUGACUUUGCUUCAUUGCAUAACAGCAUUUCUUUAGCCCACCAGAGAGGGGCACCAGCCUCUCCUCCCUCCCUCUCUCCCUCUCUCUCUCUCUCUCUCUCCCUCCUGGAGGAGGACAGUCUGGGCAAGGAGGUGUGGAGGGAGAGGAGGGGAGAGGAGGGGAGAGGAGGGUUUGUCAUGGGAAGACCUCUCUCUGCCAUUUCAUAGAGAAGGAGCCGACUUCAGCCACAGCAACAGCAGACAGAUGUAAAAAGAAAAACCAAAUACCUCACAACUAUGUGACUGGGUCAGAGAUCAAAGGAAACUGCUCAUCGUGCUGAAUCUGCACCAGAGAAAGAGGGAUGAACAGCAUGCUUCCUCAGAGGAGCGCAGUCUCCACACUGAGCUACGGCUCAGACUGCGUGAAGAUUGAGCACAGCAGCAGUGGCUCAGUGGGCGGGACGUUGCUGAGGGGUUCGCGUUCCAAAGCAGAGCUACAGGAACUGAUGGAGACGCUGCAGCGCAGGAAGAGCGCCCUGGAGGCCAGUCUGAGGGCAGCCGAGUGCAGCCGCAAGUACCUGAGUGUGCCUUCACCUGUUGGACCCCAGUCCACCAGGACACUGUCCAUCAUCAGCAGUAGUGACCGCCCUCCGUCUGCCUCUAGAAACUUCUCUUACAUGACCAGCAGCAGUGUGCCUCCAUCACCACGUCAGAGCGAUCGCCAGCUGAGCCCUAGCGGCUUGGUCCGCCACUCCCACUCUCGCCACCAGUCACAAGACAGUCUGCUCCAUCCUAACCCAGCAGAUGGCAACUCUCUUCUCUCCUCUUAUGGGGACGCUCUACCUCGUUCUCCCAGGGUGAAAGGUGGAGCAGCCAGUGUGCCGUCCAGCCCUCGCAUGGGCCGCAGGCCCUACUCUCAGGGCAGAGCCGGAGGAGAUGCCCGGCAGAGGAAGUACUCCACCGGCUCCCUCAACAGCCUGGGCUUGCACAGUCGUUCGCUGCCACGCCUUCACAACGCAGCAGACCCACCUGCUCUGUCGCUUCCACUGCGUCACUCGGUGGGGUCACACAGAGGGGUGGGGUCAGCAGUGGCACGGCGCAGUCUCUCCUCCCUGGAGCAGCCCCCCGAUGUGACCGUCCCUGCCAGCAUGCCCAGCACUCCGAGGAGAGCCAGUCUGGCCUCUCUAAGCUCUCUGGGUGUCGAUAUGGAUGGGACAGGCUUAGAUCUGGGCUUCGGAGAGAGGAGGUUGUCCUUUGGGAAAGGCGGGUUGAGUCCGGGUCAGAGAGUGAGCAGCAUAAGUUCUUUGAAUGGCAAAGAAGAGCUGAGAGACUAUCACCAGCACCAGAGAGAUGAGCGACUCAGGGAGCAGAAGGUGCAGAGAUUGGAAAGUCAGCGUCUCGAGACCAUUCUGAACCUGUGCACUGAGAUGGGUCACGUGGAGGAGGAGCCAGCGGUUUCGGCUGUUUCUGACCUGCAGAAGAUCAAUAAGGAGCUGGAGAAGCUGCAGGUGUCAGACGAGGACUCGGUGUUUUCAGACUCUCCCGGCAGCGUGGCUCAGGAGAGCUGCUUCGGAGCCAAACCCAGAGAUUUUCAUUUGUCUGAUGAGCAGCAGGUUAGCCAGCAUCAGCAGAGCGGCUAUAGAGAGGCAAGGUCCCAUUCACCGGCUGUCAGCCUGAACAGCAGCGCUCCAUCACCCUCCACCCACCAUAGAGUCAAAGCGUUGGAGAGCAUGCAGCUGAAGCAGGAGGUCACCCAUAUAGAGGAAGAGAGGAUCCAAGUGGUAAACAACAUAGAAGAGCUGGAGCAGAAGAUCAAAGACCUGGACAACCAGAUGGAGGAGUCUGUGCGGGAGAUGGAGGUGGAGUGUGCUCUGCUGGAGGGGGAACAGGAGUCGGAGAUAAGCCAGCUUCAGAGGGAGAAGCAGCUUCUGGACCAACUGAAGGACAAGAUUCACAGUAUUGACAAGACGAGCCACGCGGAGACGUCGCAGGAGGCUAAGGAGCAGACCAAAAGUUUGGAGGAUCUGGAAUUUCAGAAGCUGGAGAGAGAAAUGAAUCAGGAUGAAGAGAAAGAGACUCAGCGCCAAGAACUACUGCGGGAGGUCGCCGAGUAUCAGCGUCUUACCGUCACACGCAAGGAGAGGCUCAUGACGCUGAAGAAACAGUCCUCACAGAUCACCUCACAGACUCAACAAGAGAGAGAGAAUUUCCAGAGAGAGAAAAACAAUUUGCUCGUCAUGCUGCAGAAGGAGAGAGACAAGCUGGUGUCGUUGGAGGGAAAGUAUGCCGAGCUGUCUGAGGGACAGACUUUCACUCACAUCCCCAUCGCCAUCAAAGAGCACUUACACUCUCUGAAGGAAAGGAGAAGAAGCAGCAGCAAAGAAAGCCCUCCCCACCCGAGUGACAGCCUACCUCAUAAGAGGAGCCAGCAGCAGCUCCACACCCCUUAUGGCAGAUCUCUGGGACGCACCCUUCCUCCCAAGACUCACCUGCCUCUGGCCCAAAGCUCCAGCUGUGGCAGCGUCAUCCCACAAGGCUUCAGCUUCUCUGUCCGAGACCUGAACGCCCGUCGCCUGCCCAAGAGUAACAGCCAUGCACUCAUGACUGAGGACCGACAGAAAAGAAAUGAUUUUUGCAGCAGGAUGGUUUCUGAGGCCAGCGUGUUCCUGGACACCUUCUCUUACCCAGACAACAGCCAGGCCUCAGAUACGGUCAGUGUGGACAGUUCUGACAGUCUGGAGACCAGCUUCUCUGCCUGCUCCCCAGACAACAUAUCCAGUGCAAGCACCAACAAUAUGGCCAAGAUUGAGGAGAUGGAGCGUCUCCUCCGAGAGGCCCAGGCUGACAAGCUGAGGCUCCUCGAGCAUCGGGAGAGGGAGAUGGAGAUGCGCAGACAAGCUCUGGAGGAGGAACGAAGGAGGAGGGAGGAACUGGAGAAACGCCUGCAGGAGGAGACGUGCAGGAGACAGAAGCUUGUCGAGAGAGAGGUGAAGCUCAGGGAGAAACAAAGAUCCCAGUCUCGGCUGCUGACGCGUUACCUGCCCGUGAGGAAAGAUGACUUUGACCUUCAUGGACACAUUGAGACAGCGGGACACAACCCAGACGCCUGCUUCCACCUCGCCAUCACCGACAAAACCUGUCGAGGCUUCCUGGUUAAAAUGGGCGGCAAAAUAAAGACCUGGAAGAAACGCUGGUUUGUCUUUGACCAGAAUCGCAGGACACUCACCUACUAUGCAGACAAACAUGAGACCAAGAUGAAGGGAGUCAUUUAUUUCCAGGCCAUAGAAGAGGUGUACUACGACCAUUUAAAGAGCGCACACAAAAGCCCCAACCCCUCGCUGACGUUCAGUGUGAAGACACAUGACCGGGUGUACUACAUGGUGGCUCCGUCCCCUGAAGCCAUGCGUAUCUGGAUGGAUGUGAUAGUGACAGGUGCUGAAGGACACAUGCAUUUCAUGGUGUAACUCGUCCCCACACACAUCAGAAUCCACAGCACAACGGACUUCUGCACAUAUCAGAUAAUAAAAUAGUUUCAUAAUGAACGUGUUGUGAAGAGCUAGCACAAAAAUCUUCUGUUUACACUUGUAGCAUUUAUAGCCACAACAACUCAACAGGUUUAGUAAUUAAGCUAUAUUCUUAUUCUUCUGUGUUCCGUCUUUCUCUAUCCUUGACUCCUCCUCCUUCCUGCUUAAUUUAAGCUUUUAAGUGUAAACUGUACAUUUACAGGAGCUAGGCGAGGCUGACACAUGUUUGUACAGGAACCCACAAUGGACAAACUUGACAUCUUUUGCCUUUUCUCCAACACAUUAGUAGGUGAAGAAUGAUGUGAGGGAUAGCACAGGGAUAUUUGUGCUUAGCAAUGCACAAAUCAAUGCAGUACAGCAUCUAUUAGAAUUCCACAGGAUUAUUAGAGUGCCUGCUCAGCAAUGCAGAGCAACGAGAACUCCCUCACAAACAGACCUAAUCUGUAUCAUCAACCGUUCUUGAAAUACGACAACUUUAAAGCGCGUUCCGUUUUCCACUGGUUAUGGACAGUUAGAAACAGGUGUUUGGAAAGGGGAGGGGCUUGAGUCAGUCUCUCUCUAAGUUUUAAAGGUUAAAAAUACUACUUCAAAAGGUUCAAUCCGCCCAAAUCAGGAACAGUAGUUUACAUUGAUGCUGCUUCUCUUCUCUGUAACGUUCUUCUUGCUCUCCUGUUUCUCUUCUAUUAGGUUCCACCUUUACUUUACCUUUAAUCCCCUCCCCCCCCUUCACAACAUAACUUGCAAGACUGCACAUUUGUGUGUUAAUCCAGAUUUAUUAUUUCUAUAUUGUCACCAGUAUUCAAAUGUUGAACUCAAAGGUUGUGAUUGCUGCUGCCAGACUCCAAGCAUAAGCUGGUCUUGUCUGCUUAUUUAAAGCAGUGCUGAAUGUCCUUCGUUAGCGUUCCUUUCUCUCUUUGCACCAUUCUUACCGUUUUUUGUUAUUUUAUGUAGUUUGAUUUUCAUGUAAAGUGCAGUGAAGUGGAGGAAUGUUCCAUAUUACAAUUGUAUCGCAAGUCAUUCUGAAAACUGUGCAACUAGCUCCCUCUAUCUGCAGCCAAGACAAAACAAGGUGGUGUUGUGCUGCAUCACCAGCAGAGGUCCUUAGUGGAGAGAGAUUGCACUGCAAUGAUGUAAUGCUCUGAAUGAUCGGUCACGUGAAAGAAAAGAGCCACAGUCGUCCACAUUUGUAAUGCUUUUAUAUCAAAUAUAUGCAUUUAUUAGCACGUCUUUUAAAAACAUUUUAACAUUUGCUUUUUGAAAGCAAAACAAAACUCAUGUGUAGGAUCUCCACCAUAAAAUUAUAUAUAUAUAUAUAUAUAUUAUUUUUUUUAUGUGUUUGGAAUCCAUGCAUUUUUUUAAUUGUAUUUUUUGCAACAGUCUCACUUUAUUUGACAAAUCACUUCAAUGCUGUGCGUUGGUUCACACAUGUAUCUGUCAGGUUAACAUCUCCCACUGUGUGAAACACGAGCCUUACAACCAAACAAAUGACCACAUUCAAGUAUAUAUUUUUAGAACGUUUCAUUUUUAUAUUUUGUAUAUGAACAACUCAAAGAUUUUGACUGACACUUUGCGACAGGUGUUUUUAUACUCCACGUGUGUCAUGAAUAAAUCAUUUGGAUUACCAGUCA